CGAGGAGGUAGGUAGGUAGGAAAGCACAUGCUUCCGGAAACGGAAUGGAUUGAGUAGAGUGGGGUAAGGGAGAAGAAGUACUAGUAUGUUUGGGGGAAGACGACAUCCUAGCGUGAGCGUUCACUUUACUCUUCUGAGCGUACCGCGCGGCUUACAUAACGAGUACAAUGCUGACAUGCAGGGCAUGCGCUACUUGCAGAUCUGAUGUAUGUUGUAGUUGUAGAAGUGUCCGCUAUUUGUCCGCAGCGGGUUGUAAAACAUAAGCAUGCAUGAUUACCCAUCCAGUUGGACGGAAUGAACCCGGUUCUCCUCUAUAUUGUGUGUCUCGGGUGGAAGACACGAUAUAUAAAGCCAACCUGCUGCUCCUCCCAGGCUAUCUUCACUCUAUCAAUCCAUCCAUCCAAAGAAAGCCCAUCGUCAUAACCUAAAACAAACGUCCAUUCCUACGCAAAGUCCAAACACCUACAAUCUCCAAUAAUGGCACCACCCACACUCGUAGCCCUGAUCCUCGGAGCCGGCCCCAACAUCGGCUCAUCCGUCGCCUCCAAGUUCGCCAGCGCAGGCUACAAAAUCGCCAUCGCAUCGCGAAGCGGCGGCCAAACCGGUGGCAACAACGGCUACCUCUCGCUGAAAGCCGACUUCAGCAAACCAGACUCCAUCCCCGCGCUCUUCGACGCAGUGAAAUCCGAAUUCAACACCGCGCCCAGCGUCGUCGUGUACAAUGCAGCGGGUCUAACGCCUCCUCCGGAUAACGACUCUGUGCUCUCGAUUCCAGUGGACAAUUUCGUGGCGGACCUGAAUCUCAACACUGUUAGCCCGUAUGUUGCGGCGCAACACGCUGUCAAGGGAUGGGAGACACUCCCCAGCGACGUCAAGAAGUCGUUCAUCUACACGGGCAACAUUCUGAACACGCUCAUUCUGCCCGUGCCCAUGAUGCUCACUCUAGGCGUCGGCAAAUCGGCUUCGGCACACUGGAUUGGGCUUGCGGACGCAACGUAUGCAGCCAAGGGGUUCCGAUUCUUCUAUGUUGAUGAGCGUAUUGCGGAUGGCAAGCAGAAGGGUAUAGCUAUCGAUGGGCCUGCACAUGCCGACUUCUUUGCUCAGUUGGCGGAGCAUCAAGAGGGUGUGCCGUGGCAUGCUACGUUUGUAAAGGACAAGGGUUAUGUCAAGUUCGAGUAACGGAUCUAUGCUGGACGGUGAGUCACUAGAGGUAGUCCGAACUUAUAGACUCGAAUCAAGUGCUGGGAUGAAGUAGAUUUCAAAAGCGUGU